AUGAAUUUGUUGAAACAAUUUUUCAGGAUUUCUGAUAACGGUGCAACAGAAAAGAGGAUGAAAGAGACGCUUGAAAAUUGUGAGAGGGCCCCCGCCAGAGGCGAGAUAAUAAAGUGUGUGAGGUCUAUGGAUGAAAUGGAGAUUUUUGCAUCUUCUAUGCUGGGUCCCAAAGUUGUGCUUCGUAAGACCCUAAAUGUGAAAGGGUCGGGUAAGAAUGUCAUGGUGGGUAGGAUAAAUCAAGCUGUUGGUGUGUGUCACAUUGACACUUCUUCAUGGAGCCGUAGCCAUCCGGCUUUUCUUGAACUUGGCUCGGCUCCAGAUGGGAGAAAAUGGGCAAAAUGGGCAAAAUCUUUAUUUUUUCGGGAGAAAAUGUUGAAUGAAGGAGUGGUUAUGCAAAUGACCGAUAUCAGGGAUAAAAUCCAUAAGAGACAAUUUUUAUCUCCAACUAUAAUUGCUAAGUUACCAUCAUUAACAACUAAAAACAUGAAUUUGUUGAAACAAUUUUUCAGGAUUUCUGAUAACGGUGCAACAGAAAAGAGGAUGAAAGAGACGCUUGAAAAUUGUGAGAGGGCCCCCGCCAGAGGCGAGACAAUAAAGUGUGUGAGGUCUAUGGACGAAAUGGAGAUUUUUGCAUCUUCUAUGCUGGGUCCCAAAGUUGUGCUUCGUAAGACCCUAAAUGUGAAAGGGUCGGGUAAGAAUGUCAUGGUGGGUAGGGUAAGUAGAAUUCAAGGGGGGAAUGUGACAGAAUCUGUCACAUGUCACCAGGAAGUGUUCCCUGUUAUGCUAUACUUUUGUCAUUACAUUCCCAUGGUGAGGGUCUAUAAUGUUGAAAUACUUACCCUCCAAAGAAUCAAGAUAAAUCAAGUUGUUGUUGUGUGUCACAUUGACACUUCUUCAUCGAGCCGUAGCCAUCCGGCUUUUCUUGAACUUGGCUCAGCUCCAGGUGAAAUUGAAGUUUGUCACUGGAUAUUCCAGAAUGACAUGUCUUGGACCGAUGAUGCCAACUGA